AUGUCCGCUCCGACCGACUCGAGCCCCUUGGGCCCACCAACGACCAUCCAAACACAAGCAGAGCCAUCUUCCUCAUCCCCACCCGCGCCCACACCCGUCUCGGAGCCGUCACCAUCCCAAGUGUCUACAGAGUCCCCCACGGACAUCGAAAGCCCGGUCGUGCCCGGCGCAUUUGGCUCAUCGAUAGCAUCGGCUCCCCACGCUUCCACGCCCCCGGCUUCAUCUGCCGACGCUUCCGCAAACACGCCAUCCUCGACUUCAUCCCAGCAUUCCGACCACGACAAGCCACUGCCUUCCAUCUCGCAUGAUGAGGCCAGCUCUUCAGAUGCUGGCACGCACAUACCGCCAGAGCAACCAUCCCUGGCUCCCUCACCGCCCGAGCCACAGCUCACAUCGUCCAUCAUCACCACCAUCAGCCCCGUGCGCAGAUCCGUAUACAAGCGCAAGAUGAGCUCCAAGCCAAAGGGCAUCCUCAAACCCGCACCGCCUCCGCAGAAAGGCUUCUCCUUCCGCAGAGACAUCCUCGAGAACAUCAAUUCGCGUCUCGCACAGCAGGGCGUCAACAUGCAGGUGCCUCUGCCCCAAGGCAGCACGGCGCAGGCCACCGCCUCCUACAUCGGCGGCAUGUUUCGAAGGAUCGGUGGCAUUGCUGCCGGUGCCGCGGCUAACGUCGGCGGUGCCAAUGCCACCUCUGUAGGCGGUCUGCUUUCCAACGACUCUCCCUCCAAGCCAAACGCUGCUUCCGCAACGUCCAACAGAAGCGCCAGCACCACCACCUUUGGCUCAUCUUCAGGCUUUGCAAUGGCUUCGUCGCAGACGGUCGAAUCCGAAGCCUCCUCAUCCUCCUCGUCGACCUUGAUCAAGAGCAACAUCGCUGCCGCCACCACGUCCGCCGCUCCGCUCAAAAAGGUCCAAUUCCAGGUGUCCCACAUGGCCGUCACAUACCCAAUCGUCGGAGCUGGCACGCCAGAAGAUGAAGAUCUCACCCGUCUCCGCAUCGAGAGGCAACAUCGUCGCAUGCUCAAGGCUCGUCGCGACAAGCCAUGGACGCCCGAAGAGCUCGAGGCGCUCUACCGCGAAUGCUGUCGCACCCGCGAAGAGCAUCCGCUCAAAAAGAUGCGUCUCGUCUUCCAGGAGGCCGCGCAGUCAUCGCCGCCCGCACUCAAGACGCUCGACCUCUCCUUUGUGCCUCUCGAUCGUCAAGCUGUCGAGCCUAUCGCCGACUUGCUCAGCAUCGACUUUGGUCUCAACAAGCUCGUCCUCGAAAACUGUGCGCUCACCGACGACAGCCUCAAAUCCAUCCUCCAUGCGCUUCUCGUCUCGGGCACCUUGCCCAACCUCAGCAUCGCCAGCAACCGCAAGAUCCGCUUCCGUGGCUGGCGCUACCUCGCCAUCUUCAUGCGCAGGGCUCGUGCACUCCGCUAUCUCGAUCUCUCGGAGAACUCCAUCGACAGGGCCUCGCUAGAGCACCUCCUCGCCGUGAUUACAAAGCCUGCGGCAGCGGUGACGCAGGAGCGCGCGUCAAAGCAGGUUCCAACUGGAAAAGCAGCUUCCACGGGCGAGGGUCAUGGUGCAAAAGGCGGAGAGGCAGCCGCAGCAACAGGGACCAAGACCAACGGCCAAGAGGCCGGAAUCGUAUUCAAUGGGGGUGACAGCGAAGCCGAUGAAGACGACGACGACGAGUUCUUCGACAACUCGGGCGAGCCACUCAUGCCCACUGCGCCAUUGCUGAGGGAGGUCUCGGACGACCCAGACCCGCCUUCGUCCGCGGUGAUCUCGUUGCGUCUGGAGAACUGCGGCCUCAAGGCUGCCUCGCUCGAGAUGCUCUCUCAAUCGGUUCGCUUCUCUGACAUCCGACAUCUGUCACUCCGCCGCAACAAGAUCGGCCAGCUGGCCUCCGUGGCACUCGCCAUCAUGCUCAAGGACUACCCGGAUAUGCCGCCACACGACCCGACUUCCACCGGCACGCCGCAGCGAGAGGGCAAGUCGUACUUUGAUGCGAACGGCGCUCCGGCUACACCUUCCAAAUCACAGGUGGACGCUUUCGAUCGCAGCGGACGCACACCAAGGCCGACGGAUGCUCAGUCGAGCCCGGAACGACGCACGCGCAGCUACUCUCCCGGCCUGCCGGAGGUGCCCGUGAUCGUCUCGAGUCCAGGCGGCGGCAUCACCUCGCGCAAGAUGCCGAGCCAGAUGUACGCGAAUGGAGGAGCAGGCGGACACCAAUCCACCACAUUCUACGGAGCCCAUACGGAACAGCUGCAGGACGCCAUGCAGACCAGCAUUGCGGGCCCCGGACGCGAGCUCGACUCGCAGAUCACGCCGCAAGAAGCGCUCGAGAUCCGUCGCAAAUUGGCUCCCGGCAUGAGCGAAGAGGAAGCCGUGUCGAUCUACCAGGCGAAACGGGCGAGGCGCAUCCUGGCGGAACUGCCGCGCGUGGGCAACCUGCUGACGCUCGACCUCAAGUCGAACGACAUCCGUGGCGGUGUGGUGUACCUGGCGCAGGUGCUCAAGAAGAACCGCACGCUGCGCGUGCUCAAUCUGAGCGACAACAACAUCGAGAUGCCCGGACUAGUGGCGAUUGCCGAGGCGCUCAAGUACAACUCGACGCUCGAGACGCUGGAUAUGAGCCACAAUCCGUGUUCGGGCCCCGGGCUGGAGGGGAUCACGACGCUGCGUACUGCGUUUGCGCUCAACUCGAACCUGAAGCGGCUCUUUCUCAACGACACGGAUCUGUCGUCCGAGGCGGCGAUUGCGCUCGCCGAGUUCCUGCCCGAGGCGCGCAGUCUGAUCCACCUGGAUCUUGCCGAGAACUUUGAGAUUGACAUUGCCGGGGUCAUGGCGCUGGCGGUGUCGCUGCGGAUGAAUCGCAGUCUGCGCUGCUUGGACCUCAACAUCCCGCCCAACAAUCCGGACUUUGCGCGGCUCUCGCAGGAGAUCCUGCAGAGCUGUGUGCGCAAUACAGAGUUGGCGCAGCAGCGCGCCACGCAGAAGGGGCUCAAACAGCCGAUUGCGGCGCCGAUCUACAAGUCGGUCGUGGCGCGCGCGGCGAGGGAGAACGACGAGCGCAUCAAGGCGAUCGAGACGGCACGGGCGACGGCCAAGGAAGCGGCAGCAGCCAAGGAUCGCGCGGCAGUGGAGGGUCUGCUGAGUGCAUCGGUCGAGUGUCAGAACGUUCUGCGCGAUCUGUUGACGGGCGAGGAGAAACGGCAGCGCGAGGCGCCCGAGCAAAAGGUGACGCCGCCCGGCGAUUCCAAGCUGCGUCGACGGCUGGCGGAGCUGGCGGGCACGGUGGAGGACGAGACGGUGCUGGCGCGGAUUCUGGCAGUGCACGACGAGCUGGGCGACGUGUCGAAGCGGCUCGAGGAGUUUUAUCGGUACGGCUCUGCACCAGCGAUUGACGUGCGCGCCGUAGAUGCGGGUCUGCAAGCCAGCGGUGUGGUUGGCACCAGCGCGAGCGCAGCGUCUAUGCAGCAUCUCACCACGCCCGACCAGGCGCAGAUGGAAUCGGGUCUGUCGUCGCCUGCGUUUUCGAUUGCAGACUCGGACGAGUCGGACUCGGACGACGGCGCGGGUUCCGCUCCCGCCAAGCGCGCGGUCCGGUCCCAGGCGGAGGCGAAAGAUGAGGUUGUGGGCCGGCUGCAUGGGCUGCGAAUCGAUACGACCGCAGCCGACCGCGAGGUGCCGGAGGACGACGGAUGUGCCGUGCUGGCCAGGUCGCCGGGCGAAGACCGUGCCAAAGGCCAGCUCAGCGAAGAAGCCGAGCUGUUCCGAAAGGCACGCAGCCUCGGACUUGAUGAGGACGACGACGCACGCGCGGGCGACAGUGCGCAGGACGAGAGCGGAGAACAGCUCCGCCAGGAUCUGCUCCAGGCGGACGUACCGCCCAAGUCGAGCGCGCCUGCGGAUGAGAUCCAGACGGAUGCAGCCGCCUAG